GCCGCCGCACGGAGAGCUCCUCUGCGCGGUGCUUCGGUUUUCUCGUUUGUGGAGUGCGACGCUUCUGACAACGGCUGAGGCAGUUUAUGAGGAUCGUGUAAGAGCCGCAGCAUGAAUCUACCGGUGCUGUGGCGCUUCGCCACGCUGCUCCUCAUGGGAUGCAGUCUCGGCAUGUCUGAAGAUGAUACGAUGGGCCCGAUUUUCAACCGUGAACCUCCAAACAGAGUGGAUUUUUCAAAUACAACUGGUGCAGUAGUUGAGUGCUCAGCUAGAGGAAACCCUACACCUGACAUAAUAUGGAUAAGAGCUGAUGGAUCAGCAGUUGGAGAUGUCCCUGGUUUGAGACAGGUUAUGCCCAAUGGAAACUUAGUUUUCCCACCAUUUCGAGCCGAAGACUACCGACAGGAGGUACAUGCACAGGUUUACGUGUGUCUGGCAAAAAAUUCAGUUGGUUCUAUUCAUUCAAGGGAUGUUAAUGUCAGAGCAGUGGUUCACCAGUUCUACCAAAGCAGAGUGAUUGAUGAAUUUGUACUUCGUGGUAAUACUGCAACUUUGAAAUGUCUGGUCCCUAGUUUUGUGGCUGAUUUUGUGGAAGUUGUCGAGUGGGUCGCAGAUGAUGGCAGCAGAUUCUCCAUUUCUGCAGGCAACUCUUAUGUGGUGAACCAGUAUUAUGAGGCACAGGUUUAUGACGUCUUUGUCAUUAAGGGUAAUACUGCUGUGUUCAAGUGCAACAUCCCAUCAUUUGUAUCUGAUUAUGUCGAAAUAAUAUCUUGGGAAGAUACUCAGGGAACACGGUAUCUUCCUCCCACUGAUUAUGAUGGAAAGUACAUAGUUUUACCAUCGGGUGAAUUACAUAUCAGAGAUGUAGGACCUGAAGAUGGUUACAAAUCAUAUCAGUGUCGUACAAAACACAGACUUAGUGGAGAAACACGAUUAAGUGCAACAAAGGGCCGUCUUGUCAUCACUGAACCUCAAACAAGUGUUGCCCCCAAAGUGAAGGAGAGUCAUGUAUCAAGUGUCAGAAUGGCAGCUCAAUUGAAAAUGACAGUUGUUAUUACUUGCAUGGUCCAAGGUUUCCCUCUUCCAUCAUUCAGAUGGUACAAGUAUAUAGAUGGGACAACCCGUAAACAACCAGUAAUUUUGGAUGAGCGUGUCAAACAAGUCAGUGGGACAUUGAUUAUCAAGGAGGCAAAAGUGGAUGAUUCUGGAAAAUAUCUGUGUGUUGUAAACAACUCUGUUGGAGGAGAAAGCGUGGAGACAGUCCUUACUGUCACAGCUCCACUUGCAGCAAGUGUAGAACCGCAGACUCAGACUGUAGAUUUUGGACGUCCUGCUACAUUUAAAUGUAACUUUGAAGGAAAUCCAAUUAAAACUAUUAGCUGGUUGAAAGAUGGUAAACCACUUAAUCAUAAAGAACCAAUCCUAACAAUUGAAUCUGUUAAGAAGGAAGACAAGGGAAUGUAUCAAUGUUUCAUUAGGAAUGAUCAAGAAAGUGCUGAAGCAAGUGCAGAAUUAAAACUUGGUGGAAGGUUUGAACCUCCCCAGUUACGCUAUUCAUUCCCGGAGGACACUUUACAGCCUGGUCCAUCUGUCUUUCUAAAAUGCAUUGCCUCUGGUAAUCCAACACCUGAAAUAACAUGGGAGCUGGAUGGCAAGAAACUCUCCAAUAGUGACCGUUUGCAGGUUGGUCAAUAUGUAACGGUUAAUGGUGAUGUUGUGUCACAUCUCAACAUCUCUUCUACUCAUACAAAUGACGGAGGCCUCUACAAGUGCAUUGCAUCUUCCAAAGUGGGAUCUGUUGAACAUUCAAACAGGUUAAACAUUUAUGGACUUCCUUUUAUCCGUCCAAUGGAGAAGAAAGCUAUUGUUGCAGGGGAAACACUAAUAGUCACCUGCCCAGUUGCAGGGUACCCUAUCGAGUCAAUUGUGUGGGAAAGAGAUGGAAGAGUUCUUCCAAUAAACAGGAAACAAAAAGUUUUUCCUAAUGGUACUCUGAUAAUUGAAAAUGUUGAACGGCUGUCUGACCAAGCAACUUACACAUGCGUAGCUCGCAAUUCUCAAGGUUACAGUGCAAGAGGAACACUGGAAGUGCAAGUAAUGGUUCCUCCGCAGAUCCUACCUUUCUCAUUUGGAGACACACCAGGAAAUGCUGGUGACAUGUCAGUUGUUCAGUGCGCUGUAACAAAAGGAGAUUAUCCCAUAACAAUCACAUGGUUCUUUAAUGAUGCUGAAAUAUCUCCUGGGCAUCAAGGAAUAGCUAUCGGAAAAAUGAGUCAUCGUAUUAGUGCCCUCAGUAUUGAAGCUCUUCAGGCCAGACAUAGUGGCACUUACACUUGUAGAGCAACCAACACUGCUGGCGUUACAAAUCACUCAGCUGUUUUGAAUGUUAAUGUGCCACCAAGAUGGAUUUUGGAACCAACAGACAAAGCAUUUGCUCAAGGAAGUGAUGCAAAAGUUGAAUGCAAAGCUGAUGGUUUUCCAAAGCCUCAAGUGACAUGGAAGAAAGCUGCUGGUGACACACCUGGAGAUUAUAAUGAUCUUAAGCCCAACAACCCCAAUAUAAGAGUGGAGGAUGGGACACUGUCAAUAAAUAACAUACAAAAAACUAAUGAAGGCUAUUAUUUAUGUGAAGCUGUAAAUGGCAUUGGGUCAGGAUUGUCUGCUGUUAUUUUAAUCAGUGUGCAAGCUCCCCCUCAUUUCGAGAUCAAAUUGCGUAACCAGACAUCACGUCGUGGGGAACCAGCUGUCCUGCAAUGUGAAGCUAGAGGUGAAAAACCAAUUGGUAUCUUGUGGAAUAUGAAUAACAAACGCCUUGAUCCCAAGAGUGACAAUAACAGAUACACGAUCAGAGAGGAAAUACUUCCUAAUGGUGUUUUGUCUGACCUGAGCAUAAAACGAACUGAGAGAGAGGAUUCUGCUCUGUUCACAUGUGUUGCUACAAAUGCAUUUGGGAGUGAUGAUACAAGCAUUAAUAUGAUUGUUCAAGAGGUUCCGGAAGUACCUGACGGCUUGAAAGUUCUGGAUAAAUCUGGCCGGUCUGUUCAGUUGUCUUGGGCUGCACCAUAUGAUGGAAAGUCUCCAAUCAAACGUUAUCUUAUUGAAUUCAAACAUGCAAAAGGAACAUGGGAAAAUGACAUAGAUAGAGUACUUGUUCCUGGUCAACAAACAGUUGCUGGUGUCUUCAACCUUAAACCUGCCACAACGUAUCACUUGCGUAUUGUAGCUGAGAACGACAUAGGAACUUCCGAUCCAUCUGAUACAGUUACGAUUAUAACAGCUGAGGAAGUACCCAGUGGUCCACCAAUGAAUGUUAAGGUUGAAGCUGAAGGUCAACAUACAUUGAAGAUUUUGUGGAAACCUCCAGAACGGGAUCAAUGGAAUGGAGAGAUACUUGGUUAUUAUGUGGGUUACAAGGCAGCAUCAGCUGACACACCAUAUUUGUUUGAAACUGUUGAAUUCAGCAAAGAAGAAGGCAAAGAGCAUCAUCUUCAGAUAACUGACCUGAAGACAUACACUCAGUAUGCUGUAGUAGUCCAAGCUUUCAACAAAGUUGGUGCUGGCCCAAUGUCAGAAGAAGUGCGUCAGUACACAGCUGAGGGCAUCCCAGAGCAACCACCUCAGGAUACAACCUGCACCACUCUCACCUCUCAGACAAUCAGAGUGUCAUGGGUAUCUCCACCACUCAGCACUGUGAAUGGAGUCAUUAAGGGAUACAAGGUUAUUUAUGGCCCCAGUGAUAGCUGGUAUGAUGAUAACACCAAAGACACAAAAAUAACAUCUGCAAGUGAGACUAUACUACAUGGGCUGAAAAAAUACACAAAUUAUAGCAUGCAAGUUCUUGCCUAUACUUCUGGAGGAGACGGUGUCCGCAGCCCCCCAAUUCAUUGUCAAACUGAGCAGGAUGUUCCAGAAGCACCAAAUGCUGUAAAGGCUUUGGUAAUGUCAAGUGAAUCAAUCCUUGUCAGCUGGAAACCUCCAGAGCAACCAAAUGGAAUUGUUACUCAGUACACAGUCUAUGUUAAGGAAGACAGUGAAGCAGCAAAGGAGGAGGAACCCAAAAGUCAGAAGGUACCCCAACAUCAAAUGAGCUAUGAAGCUUCUGGGCUUAAGAAGAAAGAGCAAUAUGAAUUUUGGGUGACAGCAUCAACUAUAAUUGGUGAAGGUCAACCUUCAAAACCUGUCUCUUUGUCACCUAGCCCAAGAGUUCCAGCAAAAAUUGCAUCAUUUGAUGACAACUUCACAGCAACCUAUAAGGAAGACGUGAAAUUGCCUUGCCUUGCAGUUGGUAUUCCUCCUCCAGAAGUUGUUUGGAAAGUGAAAGGACUUGCUUUUCAGCCAGAUGACAGAAUUCGACAGUUGCCUGAAGGGUCACUCUUCAUUACAUCUGUAACAAGGCAAGAUGCUGGAGAAUACACAUGUACUGUGGAAAAUUCCUUUGGUCAAGACACUGUUACUCACAGAUUGGUUGUGCAUGCACCACCUCAUAAACCACAAGUCACUUUAACAUCUACUACAACAAACUCAAUCACAAUAAAGUUACGUCCACAUCCAACGGAUAAUGCACCUUUACAUGGAUAUACUAUUCAUUACAAGCCAGAAUUCGGUGAGUGGGAAACAGUACAGGCUGGCAGCCAGACACAGACUUUCACCAUUGAGAAUCUCUGGUGUGGCUCACGUUACCAGGUGUAUGUCACGGCUUAUAAUGGAAUUGGUACUGGAGAUGCCUCAGACAUUUUGAAUACAAAAACCAAGGGUGCAAAACCUGGUAUACCAGAAGCUAGUCGUUUCAUUGAAGUUUCAUCUGGCAGUAUCACUUUACAUUUAAGUGCAUGGUCUGAUGGUGGCUGCCCAAUGCUGUACUUUGUUGUUGAACACAAGAAGAAGUCACAGACAGAAUGGAAUCAGGUGUCUAACAAUGUGAAACCAGGUGGCAAUUUUGUUGUUUUGGACCUGGACCCAGCUACUUGGUAUCAUCUUCGUGUCACUGCUCAUAAUAAUGCAGGUUUCGCUGUGGCUGAGUAUGAAUUUGCUACAUUAACUGUGACUGGAGGUACCAUUGCACCAGCUCGUGAAAUUCCUGAACCAGGAGCAGAUUUUCCAAUUCACAUUCUCCUGUCAAAUCUUAACCUUGUGGUUCCUGUGGCUGCAGCCAUCUUGGUCAUCAUCAUUGCUAUAAUUGUGAUCUGCGUUCUCAGAGGGAAAAGUACACAUCACAAAGAUGAUGUAGUGUACAACCAGUCUGCCGGAGGCAACACUACAGUGGACAAGCGCCGACCUGAUCUGCGCGAUGAGCUCGGCUACAUUGCACCACCAAAUCGCAAGUUGCCUCCUGUACCUGGAUCCAACUACAACACCUGUGAUCGUAUCAAGAGAGGUCACCCAGGCUCAUUUCGCAGUCAUGCUACCUGGGAUCCCCGCCAUCCCAGGCACAUGUAUGAGGAACUCAGCCUGCAUCCCCCUGGUUCGGGCAUCCGUAAGUUCUCAGGCCACCCCGGAUCUGAUGAAGCUCUCUACAGCCGUGCUGGAGGCAUGGAGGAUGAGAUAUGCCCCUAUGCUACAUUCCAUUUGCUAGGAUUUCGUGAAGAAAUGGAUCCCAACAAGGCAAUGCAGUUUCAAACCUUCCCACAUCAAAAUGGACAUGAACGAGCACACAGUGGUACCAUAGGACCCAUGGGCCCUGGCAGUAUGGCAGGAAAUGGCCACAUUCACCAGCGGACAGGAUCGCAGUCGAUGCCUAGAACUAAUGGUCGCUAUUCACGAGUAAAUAGCCAGAAUGGCCCUGGAUCCAACUUUUCUCCUGGUCCAGAAUAUGAUGAUCCAGCAAACUGUGGUACAGAAGAAGACCAGUAUGGCAGCCAGUAUGGACAAUAUGGAGCCCCAUACGAUCAUUAUGGAAGCCGUGGCUCAGUAAGCAGAAGGAGUGUUGGUUCUGCUCGCAAUCUGCCAAUGUCUGGGAGUCCGGAACCACCACCUCCUCCACCUCGUAACCAUGACCCAAAUAACUCAUCUUUUAAUGACUCCAAAGAGAGUAAUGAAAUAUCAGAGGCUGAAUGUGAUCGUGACCAACUAGUAAAUAGAAAUUAUGGAGUCAGUGUAAGAGCCCACAACAAGGACAUGACCACUGAGGAAAUGAGAAAGCUGAUUGAGAGAAAUGAAGCAGGGCAUCACCAACAAAACGGAUUCGCAGUCACACCCUACGAUACUGUGGCAGUGUAACCUGUAGUUGCAAAGAAGUGCAUCUAGAAAGACAUCGGCAAGACCUGUGCCAUAAAAAACAUUAUACCCUGCUGUGUGAAGAAGCUUUGAAUGGAAAUAUUUAAUAAGCAUCAAUUGUGUGUGAACGUUAUUCAGUGUUUUCAUGUUCUUUCUUUUAUCUUUAUUCACAUUAGAAAUUAAAGUAUUUAUAAAAUAUUCAUUGUAAUGCAUUGAUAGAAAAUAUAUCCAUUCUCAGCUGUGAAUGGUAAGCUCUUGGAUAUUAACAGUUUUAGGAUAAUGUACAGCAGGGCUAUAAUUUUAAUUGGCAGUAGUGCAAGACGGCUCAUCCAAAGGUUGCAACCAAACAGACUUUCUCAUAUACAGAAGUCUUUGUUUUAGGAAGACCAAAAUACAAUAUAUGUAUUGUAAUAACUUCUUUCCACCCAUGUUCUAUGAUAUAUGUGCAUUUUCAGCCUUUGUUACACUGUGUUUUCUUUAAAACAUUAAAGAUGACAAUGUUGAUAAAGAGAAUGGCUCAACUUUGUGGCAUGUGAUAUUUUGUCAUAAUGGUACUAUUAUGUAUGUUUUUACAUGUUUUUGAAAUGGGAAUGAAAUGAGAGUGAAAGAAUCUUAAUAAAUGCUGUGUGGUGUGUAUCAUAACCUACUUUAUCAGAAAGGGCAAACACUUAGCUUUCCUUGUUGCAAAACGAAUUAGUGGAAACAAUUAGGACACAUACUGUAUAUCAUUAAAUUAUUUUCGUAAUCAUAUACAUAUAUAAAUACAAAUAUAUAUACAUAAAUCUUAUUGCCAUUACUGUUUCUGUAUAUUGCUAAGCUCCUCUUUAAAUGUUUGUGAUGAACUGCUAAUUUCAAAUUCUAAGACUUUCUUUUGUCGAGUUCACAGAAUUUCAGUUCUAAAACAUUUAUGUGAGAUGUGUAAACAGUGUGUGUUCUGCUCUUGUUCUGCAAAUACUGUACAAUGUUUAUAAUAAUAAAUGCCACAGCUUGUAUUCUUAUAUGUUGAACAGUCUUCACUGUAAUCGUAUGUCUGUCAGUGCUAGUGUUUUGAAUGUUUUUACAUAUUUUGUCAUAAGUGAUAAAGACUCCAAUGAUGUAUGCUGCUGCACAAGAAGCAGAGACACCUGUGUAGACAACAGGCAGAGACUAAGCCAUUUGUGUACCAGAUUUCACUUUUUAUAGCUUCAUAAUUGCUGACAUCAACACUUUAAAUGUAAUAGUGAUGCAAAACUGAAAUUCAGAUACUUAAUUUAUAGCAGUAUUUGUAUCUUCUGUAAGUGUUUAAUUCAGUUCCUUUAAAAUUCAAAAUUUAUAUUCAUCAAGCUUGUUCUUAUACAUAUAGGGAACAAAAUCAUACAGGAUUCUUUCUUUUGUUUCUAGCUUGAGAAGAUAAGCAAAAUUCUUAACUUUCUUCAAAAAUUGUAUACAGUUUAAUAAACAGAAAAAUUAAUAGGUUAAUUUACCUAUGUAAUAUAUCUAGGCUCAUAAAAGUAACUAUUAUAUUCUUACAAUAGCCAAAUCAUUAGCAGAUAACUGAUAAGAAAAAGUGAAAUACUAUCAGUCUGCUUAUAACAGACCUUAAGGUACAUUUCCAAAAAUCAAGAUAAAAUUGUCUUAUGGCUAUAUUACUGCUACUCAUAAAUUUAUAAAUAAAUGUAAUGAUGGUGUAUAAGCGCUUAUAAAACUGCAUUUACAAUUUAGGUAAAGUUUUCAGUAAUUUCUCUCAAUGAAUGUGAUAACUCACAUUACUUGAAUUUCAGUUUUCUUGAGUGUUAUUUUCAUUUUGGUCAGCCCCAACAUUUCAAUGACAUUUGUGUGACUUACGUGAUAAUAUCAAUGACUGAAACUAAUUUAGUUGGUAUAAGCAAGUGCCUUGCAUUACAUUUGUAACAUUAAAGAUUUAUAAUCUCCAUUUUCGUAAUUAUUGUUGAUGAUGUAAUAUCUGUUUUUACAUUUGUUAAGUACGUUAAGACAUCGUAGCAGAAAAUGUAAUGCAGGGCAUUUUUAAAAUUUUAUAAUAAAAUUUGUAAAAAAAGGAAGCAGAUUUGAAGUCAGUCUAAUUUGUUAGGUUAGUGGAAAUUAUCUUUAUAAAUCCACUUGCUUUGUUCUUGUGUAAAUAUGCGUAAUUCUUGUUUUUAUGCAUCUGCUUAUUCAGGUAUCAAUAUUGAAAAACUGUUUCUCUGCUCCCCUGUUUUUUGAGGGAUUGUAGUGUGAAACAAGUUAUUUGUACCAAAGUUGUAGAAUUAAUGAACUUUUGUGUUAUUAAAGGUUUUACACACAA